UUUGUACAUACAAAUGGGGGUAUAUUAAAGCAGUGUUGAGCUUUUAUAAUUCUGCUGAAAUUCAUCAUGAAUGGGGGAAAUUGAAAGGUUUUGUUACAAAGUUUUUCUAAAAUCAACAGUUUAUAUUUUUGUCAUUUGAAGUAAACUUUACAAUGCUAACCUGACUACUGUUGCAUCAUUUUACCUUCAAAUUUAGCUGGUUUUAUCAGAGUUAUUUUGAGAAAGAAAUUUCUCUGAUUACUUCUGUUUUAUAUCUUUUACUCAGACUUAAUAAAAAGUGUAUCGGUACAUUAAUCAGUUAAUUUCCUAGGUUUUUAUUUUUUUAUUGUUUUUUAUUUUUUUUUUUUAUUUUGAGCUUGUAGAAACUAAAACAAUGUAUUUCUUUUGGCUUUGGUAUGUUUUGUCUGACUGAGAACAUUAGGGUUUUCUUUGGGGAAUGAAAAUAUUUAAAACUGUAUUCUUCAAAAAUGUUUUGUCACCAUUACCACACCUUUGCUCUCCUGCUGGGAUAACAUCACAAAUGUUUCCUGUAAACAAACGUGAGAUGUUUUUUUUUUUUUUUUUCUAAUUAUCCACACUGCUGCUGUACCUUCACAAUAAAAGUUGUUGUAUACUUACAUCUUAAUGAUGUACUGCUGCACUUAUGUAUGUAUUAUAUGGCUAUGUAAAUAUGUAUUGAUGUUUGUUUAGGGUUUCUGUUUAGUGAAUACAUAUUUUUGUCAUAAGGACAUUUUGUUGUCUUGUGAAAAAUGAUUGCUAGAACUUGGUGAUGGUCUUCAUUUUACUGGGAAAAUAUUAUGUUAUGCUUCCUUCUUUAAAAAUGUCAUUUUAAAUUGAUUAUGUAAAUGGUUAUGUUGGCCUGGGAAUGCGACAAAAAUCUAUUGUUAUGUUUAUAUCAUUAAAAUGAGGUAUUGGUCACACACCCCACCCCCUCUUUCUAUGCAGCCUCUGUUAUUUUCUCCUGUUAUCCCUCCCCUCACAUAUAAAAGGCUCAACCUCUCUGUUGUUCCAUUUUUUUUUUUACUGAUAUCAGAAUACACCAGAGGGAAAAGUCUGAUCUUACUUCAGUGGAAUAUUUAUUUUCUCUGCAACUCUAAAGAAUUAUUUUACUGUUGUAGUUUUGUUUUUCUCCUUUUUCUUGUCAUAAACUUGGCUUUUGUACGGAUCACCAGAACCAUGGACAGUGCACUGGACAGACUUGAUGCUGCUCGUUUCUUACAGAUUUGGCAACAUUUCGACAAAGAUGACAAAGGCUACAUUGAAGGAAAGAAGAUGGAUGACUUUUUCAAGCAUAUGUUGCACAAACUUGGAAUGAAGAUGGAGGAGAUAACAGAGGACAAAGUGAGAAGAAUGAGGGAGAGAUUUGUGUCUCCAUAUGACUCCGCUCCUGACAGAAACGUGCAGAUUGAAGAGCUGGCUGUCAUGAUGCUUCCAGUGGAGGAGAAUUUCCUGCUGUUGUUUCGCAGAGAAACUCCGUUGGACAACAGUGUGGAGUUUAUGAGGAUUUGGAGAAAUUAUGACACAGAUAGCAGUGGUUACAUUUCAGCCAAUGAGCUUAAGGGCUUCCUACACGACCUGUUCCUCCAGCACAGGAAGUCCAUCACGCCCCAGAAGCUGGAGGAGUAUACCGAAACCAUGAUGAAGAUGUUUGACAAGAACAGGGAUGGCAGGCUGGAUCUGAACGACAUGGCCAGAAUUUUGGCACUGAAUGAAAACUUUCUACUGAAGUUUAAGACAGAGGCUUGCAGUCUAGAGGACAGAAAGAGGGACUUUGAGAAGAUAUUUGCUCAUUAUGAUGUUAGUAAGACAGGUGCACUGGAGGGGCCUGAAGUUGAUGGAUUUGUCAAGGACAUGAUGGAGCUGGUGAAGCCCAGUAUCAGCGGGAUGGAACUGGACAAGUUCAGGAAAGCCCUGAUGGGUCACUGUGACAUCAACAGAGACGGAAAAAUCCAGAAGAACGAGCUUGCUCUCUGCCUUGGCCUCAAACUCAGUUAACCCUUCAUUAACCCUCAGUUAACACUUCAUCAAAGAGUCUUUUUUUAUCUUGAAUUCCUCUGUGCUAUCUUUCUAUUCAUCUUAAGGCUCUCCAUUUCUAUCCUUUUAUUCAUUUGACCAUUUUUUUUUUUUUGCUACUUUAAAGCAUUUUUAUUGUAUUAAACUAAUUGGCUGUAUUAAAACUAUUUA